AUGCUACUCUACUUUUCGAAGGAAUUUGAAGACGAUCUGCUCAAGUUUGACGAGACUCUUCAUCCAUCUUGUGCUUUUAUGAAUAAACAGUAUCAAGGAAGGAAAGAACUUGAGUGCACGACACUUCGAUCGAUGGGACUGGGAAGUGGGAAGGUUCUCAUCAGGUUUAACAGAAUUCUAUGUCAGCUAUGGAGGUUGCACAAACUGAAGAAAGGAUCGAACAAG